AUGGCCACGGACCAGAUGUUUGCAGGGGACCACGAGGAAGGCCACGGGGCCCUGGCUGGAGGGCAGGGCGGCCGUGAGAUGUGGCACGUGAGCUUCCGGGCGUUCUCCAGCUCGGGGGGGCUGGACCCCGCGGGGGACCUCAGGAGACUCCGUGAGCUCUGCCGGCGGUGGCUGCGGCCGGACCUGCACACCAAGGAGCAGAUUCUGGACAUGCUGGUGAUGGAGCAGUUCAUGAUCUCCAUGCCGCAGGAGCUCCAGGUCUUGGUCAAGGAAAGCGGCGUGCAGAGCUGCAAGGACCUGCAGGACCUGCUGAGAAGCAACCAGACCCCCAAGAAAUGGAUCAUAGUUACCAUACAAGGACAGGAAUGUCUUGUGCGAAGUUCAGAUGUCCUGAAGGCGGACAAGAAGCCCCAGUCCUCUGAGGCUUCAGUGAGGACAGACGGUGGAAAGACUCUCCGAGAAAGACCCUCUAUUAAAAAUGUGCAUGCCGACACAGACACACCUUCCGCGCACGGGUCAGACAAAGUCUCCACUCCGCGAGGGAAGAGAAGAGAUUGCCAGAAGACUCAGAGAAGUCCCAAAAGGAGAAAACAGGAAGGCACCUCCAUUUCCCAAGACAUGGCCACCCAGCUGGACAAAGGAGAAAUCUCAGGGCAGCCUGCUGCGUCAACACCAGAUCGUCCUGUUGGGGACCAAGCCGUGGGAGGGACACCGAAUGUAUGUGGCCUGUGUAAGAAAGAGUUUCGUUACAAAUCUCAGUUUUCCAUCCACUGGAGGACGCACUCGGGAGAGAGACCCUUCAAAUGCAACACCUGUUCUGGGCGUUUCAUGCAGACUUCGGACCUCCGAGUUCACCAGAGAAUCCACACCGGCGAGAAGCCAUACUGUUGCGAAAUCUGCCUCAAGACGUUCACACACGACUCCACCCUGCGGAGCCACAAGAGGAUCCACACCAACGAGCAGCCCUACACGUGCCAAGAGUGUGGGAAAGCUUUCAGCCACAAGGGGAACCUCAACGUUCACCGGCGCACCCACACUGGGGCGAAGCCCUACACGUGCAGCGAGUGUAACUAUGCCUUCCGUCAGCUAGGAAGUUUUAAACGCCACCAAAAAUUACAUGCAAAAGUGACUUCCCAAUGA